ACAACUUAAUCCAUAUAAUAAUUUCAUAAGUUAUUUAAUUGAUUUAAAGGAAAAAAAUCUUUAAAAUAUUUUUAAAAAUGAAAGUAAAUGCAAUAAUGCUAAAGAAGUUAGUAAGUUUAAUUGUGAUUGGUAUGGUAGUUUUAGCCCUAGCCGCCCCUCGGACAGUGGAGGGGGCAGUGACAUGUACGGUGGUGACGAAGGCCCUAGGGCCAUGCAUGACGUACUUGAAAGGUACGGGAGCGACUGCACCACCGGCUAACUGUUGUGCUGGAGUUCGAUCACUCAAGGCCGCAGCUCAAACCGUAGCUGAUCGUAGGAUGGCUUGUAAUUGCAUGAAAACAGCAGCACAAAAGACUAAAUCUCUUAAUUAUAAGGUUGCUGCUAGACUUGCUUCUCAGUGUGGUGUACGCAUGUCUUACUCCGUUAACCCUAAUGUUAAUUGCAACAGUGUUCAGUAAAGCCUAGUGGCUAGUGAUAUGUGGAAGGAACGAAGGAUAAGGUAAACCUGGAAUUCACAGAAUAAGAAGCUCCAAAUUAUGGAUAGUGCCAUCUGAGAGUUAGCCAUAUUUCAUAUUUAACUAUGCUACCUUUAUGUGAUUUAUAUUUCCAUUAAUAAAUUGAAAAAGUGGAGAAAUAUAAUUUUCCUCUUAUUUUAAUGUAUUUGUAUUCUCUUAUUUUAUUUUUCCAUCAAUAAUAUGCAUAAUGACAAAUUACAAACUAAUUGAAUUGUCAUAA